UUUGUAGACAAGAAGGAGAGGUUAAGCCAUCUUAAAAGAAAGCAGGAUGAAUUCCGAAAAGAUGUGCUUAAGGCCAUUAUGGAAGGAAAGUGGGUAACAGAUCAGUUGAGAUGGAAAAUAAUGUCCUGUAAACUGAGAAUUGAACAGCUGAAACAAACAAUAUGUAAAGGAAAUGAAGAAAUGACAAGAAAUUCCGAGGGCCUCCUGAAAACCAAGGAAAAGAAUCAGAAGCUGUUUUGUCGAGCGCAGCGGCACCAGGAGAAGAAAGAAAAAAUCCAGAAGCAUAACCGCAAGCUUGGAGACCUAGUGGAAAAGAAGCACGAUGACUUAAGAAGUCAUUAUGAACACCUGGCAGAACUUCGGCGCUCUCAUAUUCUAGAACUCACCUCUGUCAUUUUUCCCAUUGAAGAAGUGAAAACUGGCAUAAGAGAUCCUGCAGAUAUUGCUUCAGAGAGUGACACUGCCAUGACCUCCAGCACUGUGAGCAAGCUUGCAGAAGCCAGGAGGACUACUUACCUCUCUGGGAGAUGGGUUUGUGAUGACCACAAUGGAGAUACAAGCAUUAGCAUUGCAGGGCCAUGGAUUAGUCUCCCUAACAAUGGAGACUAUUCUGCUUACUACAACUGGGUAGAAGAGAAAAAAACAACACAGGGACCUGAUAUGGAACAUAAUAACCCUGCCUACACCAUCAGUGCUGCCCUGUGCUAUGCAACUCAGCUGGUCAACAUUUUGUCUCAUAUACUUGAUGUAAAUCUUCCCAAAAAAUUAUGUAACAGUGAGUUUUGUGGAGAGAAUCUUAGCCGGCGGAAGUUUACUCGUGCAGUCAAGAAGUUGAAUGCAAACAUUCUUUACCUCUGCUUUUCUCAGCACGUAAAUUUAGACCUAUUGCACCCACUACAUACACUCAGGAAUCUAAUGUACCUGGUCAGCCCAGCUACUGAACACUUGGGCAGGUCUGGGCCCUUUGAAGUCAGUGCUGAUCUUGAAGAUUCCAUGGAAUUUUUGGAUCCUGCAGCUGCUGGAGAAACAGAUGAAAGUGGAGACGAGCAUAUCAGUGAUGAAGAAACUGACCUAGGAACAGACUGGGAAAAUCUGCCGAGCCCCAGGUUUUGUGAUAUUCCUUCUCAGCCAGUCGAAGUGCUGCAGAGUCAUAGCACACAGGUGUCCCAGCCAGCUGCUAGCAGUAGUGCUGGGGGAAUGAUUUCCUCUGCUGCAGCCUCAGUGACAUCGUGGUUCAAGGCUUACACAGGACAUCGCUAGCGAGCAUCAAAGAGACAGUGAUAGAUUUGCAUAGUGAAAAUUUCUCUCCCACAAUGUGUAGUUUUACCUAUUCAGUUAAGUAGUGUCUGGAACAAAAAAUAAAUAAACUAAUUUUUUAAAAGCAGAA